AUGGUAAACUUUUAUCGCCGCUUAAUCCCAAAUGCAGCUACCAUUCAAGCUCCACUGAACCAAAUGCUUGCUGGCCCAAAGACGAAAGGUUCGCAACCUAUCAACAUGACACCCGCUCUGUUGGAAGCAUUUAAUAACUGCAAGAAUAGUCUUUCUGAAGCCACACUAUUGGUACACCCUGAUUCACAAGCAGAGUUGGCGAUUCAUACAGAUGCUUCAGAUUCAGCAAUAGGGGCAGUCCUGCAGCAAUACCAGGACAACGAAUGGAAACCACUGGCAUUCUUUUCCAUGAAGCUAAGUCCAAGCCAGAGGAAGUAUAGCCCUUAUGAUCGCGAACUUCUUUCCAUCUAUGAAGCCAUCAAACACUUCCGCUUCAUGGUCGAAGCACGAAAUUUCGCGAUUAUAACAGACCACAAGCCACUGACGUUUGCUUUUACAACGCACCGAACGAGUUGCUUGCCACACCAGUUUCGCUACCUUGACUUCAUCAGCCAGUUUACCACGGACAUCAGAUAUAUCGCCGGAAAGGAUAAUAUAGUCACUGAUACUCUGUCCCGCAUUAAUGAAAUUUCUAUGCCCUUAGACUACCAGUCCCUAGCCAGUGAGCAAGACACCGAUAGCGAGCUACAUGAUCUGCUGAAGAACGGCUCUGCCCUGAAGUUGGAGAAGCUUAGGACACCGGGACAGGAUCUGCAGAUAUACUGUGACGUCUCCACCCCGAAUCCGCGGCCAUUUAUCACACCUUCGUUCCGCAGACAGGUAUUUAACGCACUACAUAACUUGAGUCAUCCAGGAGCGAAAGCUACUGCCAAGCUGGCGACGCAGAGGUUCGUCUGGCCUGGCAUUAAGCGGGAUUGUAGGCAAUGGGCAAAGGAGUGCCAGCACUGUCAACGAUCCAAGGUAGCUCGUCACACUUCAGCACCGCUCGCAUCAUUCAUGCUACCUUCAGCACGCUUUCGGCAUAUACAUCUUGACCUGAUCGGUCCCUUACCGUUAUGUUCUGGGUACAGGUACUGCCUCAAGAUUGUCGACCGCUUCACUCGUUGGCCUGAGGCGUACCCACUCCAGGACAUGACAGCAGAGACGUGCACCAUCGCUCUAACAAAUGGAUGGAUUUCACGCUUCGGAUGUCCAGAACACAUCACCACAGAUCGCGGCAGACAGUUUCUAUCGCACACUUUCAAGAGCUCGCCGCGCUGGUCAGUGCAACACACCACACUACCACAUCUUAUCACCCAGCUGCCAAUGGUCUAG